AGGCUGGACGAGACGGCCAUUUUUCAUAAAUGGCGGAAGGCCGUUGUUAAAUCGGCUUGUUUUAUUGAAUUUUCUCGAAAAUUUCGUUGUUAACUAAAUGCUGCAAAAAAUGACUGGCGAACCAGAAGAUAGGGAUACAAUUUGCGACUCUUUGUCUUCACUCGUGGAAGGAUGCAGACUGCCCGUGAAAAUGAGCAACAGCGACGAUUGGCCGCUAGCAGAAGUUAUCAGCAUACGGGACGGAGAAGGAACAAAAUAUUUUUAUGUUCACUACAUAGACUUUAAUAAAAGACUUGAUGAAUGGGUCACUGAAGAGAGACUGGACACCAGAAAAGUUCAAUUUCCAAGAAAAGAUGGUGCUUCAAGUCAGUCUGGUUUGCAAACUCCUAAAACUCGGGUGGAGAGCACUGCCCCUUCAAGGCCAGAAACUCCUCCUAAUACGCCAGGUGAACUGGUUAAUGGAAAUGCCCUUGCGGCCGCACUCAACAAGAAACUGACAAGAAAGCGCAAAAUGCCAUCAAUAGAAGCUGAAGUUGCACCUGAAGUAGUGGUGCCUCCACCUAUUAUAGGAAGUGGAGCACUUGUCACGAGCGAACCCAUGGGUAAACGAAUUUCUGGCAGUUUGGUUACCCACCACAGUGAUGAUGUGGUUACGAGAAUGAAAAAUAUUGAGAUGAUCGAAUUAGGUCACAAAAGAAUCCGUCCGUGGUAUUUUUCUCCUUACCCUCAGGAAUUAGUCAAUCUCCCCUGUAUAUACAUUUGUGAAUUUUGUCUGAAAUAUCGUAAGAGCAGAACUUGUUUAAACAGACACAUGAAAAAAUGCAACUUGCGGCAUCCUCCUGGCAAUGAAAUCUACAGGAAAAGCGCAAUCUCCUUCUUUGAAAUAGACGGCCGUAAAAACAAAGCUUACGCUCAAAACCUGUGUCUCUUGGCCAAGCUGUUUCUCGACCACAAGACUUUGUACUAUGACACAGACCCAUUCCUUUUCUAUGUGAUGACCCACUAUGACUCUCGAGGCUUCCACAUAGUAGGUUACUUCUCCAAAGAGAAAGAGUCGACCGAGGACUACAACGUGGCUUGCAUUCUGACCAUGCCUCCAUAUCAGCGCAAAGGCUACGGCAAACUGUUGAUUGAAUUCAGUUACGAGCUGUCCAAGUUUGAGGGCAAAACCGGAUCUCCAGAAAAACCACUGUCUGAUUUGGGCCUUCUGUCGUACAGAAGCUACUGGUCGCAAACCAUUUUGGACAUUCUCGUUACUCAGAGCCCUGUAGGCGAUAAUGAGAAAGCUCAAAUAACAAUUAAUGAAAUAUGUGAGAUGACAAGUAUCAAGAAAGAGGACGUGAUAUCCACCUUGCAGAACCUGAAUCUAAUCAACUAUUACAAAGGACAGUACAUAAUCACAAUAAGCCAGGAGAUGGUCAAGAGUCACGUGGCUGCCAUGGAGAAGAGGUCGUUGAGAAUAGACCCCAAGUGUCUGCACUGGACGCCCAAGGACUGGAGCAAGCGCGCGAAGUGGCUCGAAAAGUGCUAGUUAAUCAUGGAACUGAGACUUCUAUUUAUGUUCUACAGUGCGCAUUCUCUUGUGUCAGGAUUAUUUAAUCCAUUAAAUAGUGCUGCCAGCAUAAUGUGUCAAAA